CUUUGGCCAAACGAUCUUGCAAGACCAGAGGGGCGACCGGAGGCGACCACCGAGUGCUCGCAGCGCGCAGCGCUUCCUGGCCGGGGAGGAGCGUGUCUCCAACAGCACCGCGGCGGUCCCAGCCUGCGCGCCUCUGUCCCCGCGCGCGUCCGUGCCUGCGCUUCAAGAGCCGGGUCCUCGCACCACAGACUUCUCGUCCUUCGCCCGCACUUCCCGCCUUUCUUCUCUACGCGCCGAUCGACGAUGGAUGGCAACUCCCUGCUCUCCGUACCAAGCAACUCGGAGUCACCACUGAUGUAUGAGGUUUCGGCACCGCAGCAGGGCAGCGCCAGCGGCAGCUCGGGAAGCAACCUGGGUGGCUCCAUCACGGCAUGUAAGAAGGUUCUUCGCAGCAAUAGCUUGCUGGAGUCCACAGACUACUGGCUGCAGAAUCAGAGGACGCCCUGCCAAAUUGGUUUUGUGGAAGACAAAUCUGAAAAUUGCGCUUCUGUCUGCUUUGUGAACCUGGAUGUGAACAAGGAUGAGUGCAGCACGGAGCACCUGCAGCAGAAAUUGGUCAACGUUUCACCAGAUCUUCCAAAACUUAUCAGCUCCAUGAACGUCCAACAGCCAAAAGAAAAUGAAAUUGUCCUCCUAAGUGGGUUAACAUCUGGAAAUCUCCAGACAGAUUUUGAAGUUUCACAGUGUCCAUGGCUGCCAGAUAUCUGCCUGGUCCAGUGUGCAAGAGGGAACAGACCAAACAGUACCAAUUGCAUCAUCUUUGAAAUCAACAAAUUUUUGCUUGGCCUGGAACUGGUGCAGGAGCGACAGCUCCACCUGGAAACGAACAUCUUGAAAGUGGAGGAUGACACAAACUGUUCCUUGUCUUCAAUUGAGGAAGACUUUCUCACCGCCUCAGAGCACUUAGAGGAGGAAAGCGAGGUGGAAGAAUACAGCAACGGUUAUGAAAAUAUAAAUAUCUCAGCCCAUGUUUUGGAAAGUAAAAAUCCAAAGGAAGCCAUCCAGGAGGAAUGGAAUUACAACAAGGAAAAGUUGCUUUAUACUUUGGAAGACAAAUACAUUAGCAAAUAUCAUACACUGUUGAUUAAAACAGAAGGAUCUCUGGAAAAAGUAGCAGAAGACACAACUUUGCAGAGUCUAGAUCCCUCAGCCAGGCCCUCAGAAUGGAAAGGUGAAGCUGUAGAGAAUGAGAGACCAGCCACAAAUUGUUAUUAUUCAGAAAAUUGUAAAGGUCAAGAGGAAAAAUCACAGACACUGUAUAUUCCAGAUGCUGCUUACUUCUCCAGGAUGGUUAAGAAAGAUCGACCUUCUGCAGGUGGUACUAUCAUUGAGCAUGGCAGCAGCUUAGACCCAGGAGACCAUGAAGACGGAACAAACUCUGUUCCUCCCAUACAACCAGGAGAAGUCACAACUGGCAAGUAUGCUACAAAUUUAGCAGAGUCUGUGCUGCAAGAUGCAUUUAUUAGAUUAUCUCAGUCUCCACCUACGCUACCCCAGGAAUCUGCCGCCAGUGUUUCUGUAGGAAGUGCUCUGCUUCCCAGUGGCUGUUCCACAAAAGAUAUCAUGGUCCCUCAGUCAUGGAAUGAGCUCCCCAAAAUAGUCAUUGUUCAGAGUCCAGAGGGCAGCGAUGCCGCCCCUGAGCCAGGCAUCUCCUUGUGGCCCAAGACAGAAGUCUCUGUUGAAACCUCAGGCGUCCUCUCUGGAGAGAACACCAGCAGACACCCCCAGAGUGCUCUAGAAAUAGCAUUAGCUUAUGCAGCCACUGUGAUUGGAACCAUUUCCAGUCCACAGGCCACAGAAAGAUUCAAAAUGGAGCAAGAAUCCCUGGCUUCAAACCAUCCAAUGGGUGGCAAUGAACUGCUACAAAUUCAAGCAUCCCAAGUACUCAAGGAACCUUCCAUCAAUGAAUACUCAUUUCCAUCUGCUUUGUGUGGCAUGACUCAGGUGGCGAGUGCCAUUGCUGUCUGUGGCCUGGGUGAAACAGGAGAGGCGAAGUGCCCUGUGGCUUCAAGUGGCCUCUUGCCUGCAACUGAAGCUUCUGCAGCAAUCCCCCCACUUUGUAGUCUAGCGACAGGGAGGAGCAUGGUGCUGGGGAAUGAAGCCAUUGCAGAGGCAUUGCUCAAGGAGGCUGCUCUGGUUUUAAUGAAACCUAAUGCCUACAGCAGUAUUGGAGACCUCAUGGAAUCCAUGACCAGGAGAAUCAUAGAAACUGCUUCCAAGCCUCAGAGCUUGUGCUCAGAAAAUGUUACGGGCAAUGAACUGGCACAGACUCUCUCCGAUGUUAUCCUGAAGCAUUCCAUUGAUGAAGUUCCCCAGAAAAAUAGAAUAGUCGACCCCAAUGAUGGCAGGCAUUCAUCUGAAACUCUGAACACCUUAAUGGAAAGUACACAUCAACUGCUCUUCAAAGUGAUAUGCUUCACUUUCAAGAAGAUGAGCCAUAUUAUACAGCUUGGUGAAUGUCCCACAGUUCUUUCUAAGGAGACCAUCAGAUGGAGGGAAACAGAGCUAGAUGGCCAGCUGUCUGAUCAGGCUGCUAGUCAAGCAUGGACAAAAGCCACCGAAUACUCCAGUGGCCAUCCACCUAGCAAUAGCACUAGUCUUGUUAUCAAUGAUCUGGUAGAUGAUGUGCAUGUUAAACAAGAUAACAAGGGCCCAGUAAAACCAGGCCUCUUCCAGAACCCCACACUGCAAUCUGAGUUGUCCUGUAGUCCGAGAGUGGCUGAUUCUUUGACUGCUAAAAUAUCCCCCAAGGAGAUAUAUCUGAAAGGAAAAGAUGUGGGAGAGGAUACAAAAAACCCUCAUCAGAUACUCAGUCCCAAUGAAAAUGAAUGCAGAUCCUCCUCAGAGGGAGAGAGGACACCAACAGUAGGCAAGUGCAGCAGCAGUUCCCAGGAUGCUGAGGACAGCAGCCAUGCAAAUGCCCAAGAAAACUACAAUGGUGCCUCACCUGUAAACAAUGAAGUUCAAGUUAACCUGUCUUUGUUAGGGAAUGACUUGCUGCUUCCUGCUCAAUCCAUGCUCCAUGCAAAACAAGCAGACGUAUACUGCAUUACAGACUUUGCAGAAGAAUUAGCAGAGACGAUUGUUUCCAUGGCAACUGAAAUCGCAGCGAUUUGCCUUGACAACUCAAAUGGAAAACAACCCUGGUUUUGUGCGUGGAAAAGAGGGAAUGAGUUUCUGGUUACCCCAAACAUAUCCUGCCGAUCCUUGAAAAGGAAGGAGAGCCAGGCCGGUGGGGCCACCAUAAGGAAACACAAGCCACCACGGCUCAGCGAGAUCAAGAGGAAAACGGAUGAGCACCCGGAGCUUAAAGAGAAGCUGAUGAACAGGGUUGUGGACGAGUCUAUGAACCUUGAGGACGUCCCAGAUUCUGUUAAUAUUUUUGCAAAUGAAGUGGCAGCCAACAUCAUGAACCUAACAGAGUUCUCCAUGGUGGACGGUGUUUGGCAGGCCCAGACCUAUACCCGGAAUCGGUUACUCAGUGGAGACAGGUGGAAUCGGCUGAAGGCCUCCAGCUGUGAAAGCAUUCCAGAGGAGAACUCUAACGCCAGGGCGUUUGUAAAUAGCCUGGGUUUAAUGAGUACCCUAAGUCAGCCAGUUAGCAGGGCCAGCUCUGUCUCCAAGCAGUCGAGCUGUGAGAGCAUCACUGAUGAGUUUUCCAGGUUCAUGGUGAACCAGAUGGAAAAUGAAGGAAGAGGAUUUGAGUUAUUGCUGGAUUACUAUGCAGGCAAGAAUGCCAGCAGCAUUCUGAACUCAGCUAUGCAACAGGCGUGCCGGAAAAAUGACCACCUCAGUGUGAGGCCAAGCUGUCCCUCUAAGCAGUCCAGCACCGAGAGCAUAACGGAGGAGUUCUAUAGGUACAUGCUGAGGGACAUUGAAAGAGAAAGCAAAGACAGCACCUCCUCCAGAAGCAGCAGCCAGGAUUGGACAGCCGGCUUACUGUCUCCUUUUCUGCGAUCCCCAUUGUGUUAUAGACAGUCGUCCAUGCCAGAUAGCAGGUCCCUGGGUGCCAGGCUGACGGUGAAUGCACCCAUCAAAGCCAACUCCUUAGACAGCUUUGCUCAAAACAGCCAGCAAGAUUUCCUAAGCGUACAGCCAGUCAGUAGUGCUUCCUCAUCGGGGCUCUGCAAAUCUGACUCUUGCUUGUAUCGGAGAGGUGGGACUGACCACAUCACAAACAUGCUAAUUCAUGAGACGUGGGCAAAUUCAAUCGAGGCCCUCAUGCGAAAGAACAAAAUUAUAGUGGAUGACGCUGAGGCAGCUGAUGCUGAACCUGUUUCUGGGGGCUCUCCCUCGCAAGUGGAGAAGUGUGCAAAUAGAUUAGCUUCGACUAGAGCGCAAAGUGGGCCAACGCUUCUUGUUCAGGAGUCUGUUGAUUCCCCAAGGAAAGACUCUCUUACUGAAAGCAAACAUCCCCCAGAGUUGUCUCCAAGCAAAGCUGCUCCUCUUACAAACCACAACGAUUUAGAUUCAAAAAAGGAAACUUCCUCAGGCCAUGAUGCUGUCCCUCUAAGCCACACCAGGCCAUCACUUUGCUCUAGGGAAGUGCCUUUAAUUCAGAUUGAAACAGAUCAGAGAGAAGAGUGUGCUGGAGAACCUGAACACUUCCUUUCCAAAAGCAGCCCCCUAGAGGAAGCAGAAGAGCAUUUGAAAGAAGAAAAAGUCUCAGAUGUGGAGAGCGGUGGAGACACUGCUCUGCGUGCCUGCCAAAACCAUAGUGACAGCCUUGAUGCCAGAGAUGUACCAGAGGCUGAAGUCCCAACAGAAGACAGAGCCCCUGAUGAGUCCCCCAACCCUCCCGGCAGCAGUGGGGAGAGCACGGAUAGCUGGUCCCAGCUCGCCAAUGAGGAGGACAACCCAGACGACACAAGUAGCUUUCUGCAGCUCAGUGAGCAAUCCAUGAGCAAUGGCAACAGUAGUGCCACUAGCAGUCUUGGCAUUACGGACCUGGACAUUUAUCAGGAAAGCAUGCCAUCUUCUCCCAUGAUUAAUGAACUAGUACAAGAAAAGGAGAUUCUUAAAGAACAGUCAGAACACAUAGAGGAAUGUGCCUCUGGAGUGCCAGCGGGAGCAGCCAGCCGCCAGGGGAGCCUGCUGGUGAUCAACUUUGACCUGGAGCCAGAGUGUCCUGAUGCUGAGCUUCGAGCCACUCUACAGUGGAUAGCUGCCUCCGAACUUGGGAUCCCUACCAUCUACUUUAAGAAAUCUCAGGAAAACAGAAUCGAAAAGUUUCUAGAUGUCGUGCGGCUGGUUCAUCAGAAGUCCUGGAAAGUGGGGGAUAUCUUUCAUGCAGUCAUUCAGUACUGUAAAAUGCAUGAAGAGCAGAAGGAUGGGACCCCCAGUCUCUUUGACUGGCUCUUGGAACUGGGAUAAAGCAGCUAUGCCCUGUAGAGUAUUCAUUUACUUUAUUCCAGCUUAGAUUACAGUGGUUUGUUCUAAAUGCUCUAAACUCUCUCAAAACAUCACAUCACAUUAGCAGAGCUACAAAAAAUCUGCUGUUCAAGUCUACUGCACAUGGAAUAAAUCUGAGGAAAAGCAAGAUAUAGGUCUGUACAAAUCAAUACAAGCUGCGGGUGAAUGCAAAAGAGCUUGUAUUAGAAUGCCUGGAAAAACAGAAAUUUUAAUGGGCCAGAAAUUAAAAGCUUACAACUAGGCCCAAACUCCAGGAAAGCUGCACUUGCAUAUUUUUCAUAAUUUAAAAUAAAAUGUAAUGUCUCUAAUUAUGUGAAUCAACUGGAAACAAAGUCACUGGUCAAGAUAAUUUUGUAAACUAUGCUAUAACCUUUAUUUUACUUUUUUGAGCAGAUUAAAGGGCUGUCAGCCCAAGUAAACACUUAAGAUAUGGGUGAGAAAUUUCCAGAACAUCGAUAUAAAAGAUUUCCACUUUCAGACCAAUAUCAGUGAAUAUUAACAGAAAUGCAAGAGAAUAUCAAUGUCAUCUACUGAGAUAAUUUCACUUAUUUUCUGCAACCCACUGAUAAAUAUUCCACAUCUCCCCAACAGUAUCUGGGUUCCUAGCUAACCAGAAAACUAUUGGUAUUCAGCUGGGAGAGAGAAAGAUUGAAGAUUGUCUUGUUUCCAUCUCUGUAUUACUUGAGCAACAUGAUUACAGAAUUCUUACCUUAAGGGAAAGCUUUCUUACGAAAAAAGUCUUCUGAGAUAAAAUCUGCUUGUGUAUUAAAUUAUAUAAAGUAUAAACAUUCAUUUUAUUUUUAUUGUAAAUUAUGAAGAGAGU